GAGCGCGCGCCGCGUCCGGGGCCGGCUGGUGCGCGAGACGCCGCGGAGAGAUUGGUGGCUAAUGUAACAGUUUGCAAACCGAGGGGAGUUGUGAAGGGCGCGGGUUGGGGGCGCGCUGCCGGCCUCGAGGGAACGUCCGCCGCCGCGUUUGUCCCAGAGCUGGGGCCGCAGGAGCGCAGGCAAGCGGUACAAUGGCAGCCACCGUCAGGAGGCAGAGGCCAAGGAGGCCAGCCUGUUGGGCCUUGAUGACUGUGCUCUUGGCAGACCUGUUGGCACUGAGUGACACACUGGCGGUGAUGUCUGUGGACCUGGGCAGCGAGUCCAUGAAGGUGGCCAUCGUUAAACCCGGAGUGCCCAUGGAAAUUGUUUUGAACAAGGAAUCCCGGAGGAAAACCCCAGUGACUGUGACCCUGAAAGAAAAUGAAAGAUUCUUUGGAGACAGCGCAGCAAGCAUGGCCAUCAAGAAUCCAAAGGCGACGCUGCGUUACUUCCAGCAGCUCCUGGGGAAGCAGGAGGGAAAUCCCCAUGUGGCCCUUUACAGAGCCCGUUUUCCAGAGCACGAGCUAGGGUUCGACCCACAGAGGCAGACCGUACACUUCCAGAUCGGCCCGCAGCUGCAAUUCUCGCCCGAGGAGGUGCUCGGCAUGGUUCUCAACUACUCACGGUCCCUGGCGGAAGAUUUUGCAGAGCAGCCCAUCAAGGAUGCAGUGAUCACCGUGCCGGCCUUCUUCAAUCAGGCCGAGCGCCGGGCCGUGCUGCAGGCUGCUCGCAUGGCUGGCCUCAAGGUGCUCCAGCUCAUCAACGACAACACCGCCACCGCCCUCAGCUACGGCGUCUUCCGCCGGAAAGACAUCAACACCACUGCCCAGAACGUCAUGUUCUACGACAUGGGCUCUGGCAGCACUGUGUGCACCAUCGUCACCUACCAGACGGUGAAGACGAAGGAGGCGGGGAUGCAGCCGCAGCUGCAGGUCCGGGGAGUGGGAUUUGACCGCACGCUGGGGGGCCUGGAGAUGGAGCUGCGGCUGCGUGAGCACCUGGCGAAGCUUUUCAAUGAGCAGCGCAAGGGCCAGAGAGCUCAGGAUGUGCGGGAGAACCCCCGCGCCAUGGCCAAGCUGCUGCGGGAGGCGAAUCGACUCAAAACCGUGCUGAGUGCCAACGCGGACCACAUGGCACAGAUCGAGGGCCUGAUGGAUGAUGUGGACUUCAAGGCGAAAGUGACCCGUGCGGAGUUUGAAGAGUUGUGUGCCGAUUUAUUUGAGCGGGUGCCUGGGCCCGUCCAGCAGGCCCUGCAGAGUGCCGAGAUGAAUUUGGACGAGAUUGAGCAGGUGAUCCUGGUCGGUGGGGCCACUCGGGUGCCCAAGGUGCAGGAGGUGCUGUUGAAGGCCGUGGGCAAGGAGGAGCUGGGGAAGAACAUCAACGCAGACGAAGCCGCCGCCAUGGGGGCCGUGUACCAGGCAGCCGCGCUCAGCAAAGCCUUCAAGGUGAAGCCGUUCGUCGUGCGAGAUGCGGUGAUCUACCCCAUCCUGGUGGAGUUCACGAGGGAGGUGGAGGACGAGCCUGGGCUUCGCAGCCUGAAGCACAAUAAGCGUGUGCUCUUCUCCCGAAUGGGGCCCUACCCGCAGCGCAAAGUCAUCACCUUCAACCGCUACAACCGUGAUUUCCACUUCCACGUCAACUAUGGCGACCUGGGCUUCCUGGGGCCUGAGGACCUUCGGGUGUUUGGCUCCCAGAAUCUGACCACAGUGAAGCUGAGAGGUGUGGGUGAGAGCUUCAAGAAGUAUCCCGACUACGAGUCCAAGGGGAUCAAGGCUCACUUCAGCCUGGACGAGAGUGGCGUGCUCAGCCUCAUCAGGGUGGAGUCUGUGUUUGAGACGCUCGUGGAGGACAGCCCAGAGGAGGAGUCUACUCUGACCAAACUUGGCAACACCAUCUCCAGCCUAUUCGGAGGCAGUAGCGCGCCGGACACUAAAGAGAAUGGUACGGACACCGUGCAGGAGGAAGAGGAGAGCCCCGCCGAGGGGAGCAAGGACGAGCCUGGAGAGCAAGCGGAGCUCAAGGAGGAGGCGGAGGCCCCGAUGGAGGGUACUUCUCAGCCCCCACCGGCUGAGCCGCAGGAGGGCGCCGCUCCCGCGGAAGAAAAGGCCACAGAAAAAGAAAAUGAGGAGAAGCCUGAGGCCCAGGAGCCAAGUCAGAAGAAGGAGGCAGGGUUGGAGGCUCCUCCAGCCCCAGAGGAAGAAAAGAAGCAGAAGCCUGCCCGGAAGCAGAGAAUGGUGGAGGAGAUCGGGGUGGAGCUGGUGGUUCUGGACCUGCCCGACUUGGCUGAGGAUGAGCUGGCCCGCUCCGUGCAAAAACUUCAGGACUUGACGUCCCGAGACCUAGAGAAGCAGGAGCGGGAGAAGGCCGCCAACAGCUUGGAGGCUUUUAUCUUUGAGACCCAGGACAAGCUGUACCAGCCCGAGUACCGGGAAGUGUCCACCGAGGAGCAGCGCGAGGAGAUCUCCGGGAAGCUGGGCGCCGCCUCCGCCUGGCUGGAGGACGAGGGCUUCGGGGCCAGCACGGCGAUGCUGAAGGAGAAGCUGGCGGAGCUGAGGAGGCUGUGCAACAGCUUGUUUUUCCGGGCAGAAGAGCGCAAGAGGUGGCCCGAACGGCUGUCUGCCCUGGACAGUCUCCUCAACCAUUCCAGCAUGUUCCUCAAGGGCGCCCGGCUCAUCCCAGAGAUGGAGCAGGUCUUCACUGAGGUGGAGAUGACGACAUUAGAGAAGGUCAUCAAUGAGACCUGGGCCUGGAAGAAUGCGACCGUGGCCGAGCAGGCCAAGCUUCCCGCCACAGAGAAGCCCGUGUUGCUCUCAAAAGACAUCGAGGCCAAGAUGAUGGCCCUGGACCGUGAGGUGCAGUACCUGCUCAACAAGGCCAAGUUUACCAAGCCCCGGCCCCGGCCCAAGGACAAGAAUGCAACCCGGGCAGAGCCUCCCCUCAAUGCCAGUGCCAGCGACCAAGCGGAGAAGGUCAUCCCUCCGGCAGGCCAGACGGAAGACACAAAGCCCAUUUCAGAACCUGAGAAAGAGACUGCAGGAUCUGAACCAGCAGACGCUGAACCUCUCGAGCUAGAAGGGCCUGGAGUGGUCCCAGCAGAGCCGGAGCAGGAGGAGCAGCCAGCGGGACAGAAGCCAACUUUGAAGAAUGAUGAAUUGUAACCCCCCCACCCCCCACCCUCACCUCGUUCCCACUCACCCCUCCCCCUUCUCCCACCUCCUCUAUUUAUUAAACAUCGAGGGUUGGGGGAGGGGUUGCUCCUACCCUCCGAGGUUUCGGUUCCUUUUCUCUCUCCUUGAUCGGAGGUGUGGGGAAGCGGGGGAAGGGACAGCUGCCAGUUCCUUCGGCGGCGGUUCUGUGGUAAAGCCUGGAAUUGUUCUGUUUCCCAGUCCUGCUCCUGGUUCCCUACCCAUCCAGGCCCUCAUUUGGGAAAAAUCACUAUUAUGUCUUAAUUCUUUGCCUGUGGGUAGGUGAGAGAGAGGCCGUGCGGGUCGAUGGGCCUGGCAGGCGGGGGAGGGAUGCCCUGGGUUAUUAGAGAGUCCCCAGUCUUCUGUGUCCCCUCCCCCUUCCCUCGUCCACCGCCAAGCCUGCCCCCCAGGAGCCAGCUUCUGCAGAGCCUUGGACACCAGCUCUGGUUUCUGAGUGCCUGACUAUGCUCUUCGCUCCUCCAAGGUCCCGUCUUUCCCUAGAAGGCCUCAUCCCCACUGACGACCCCUCUGGUGUCCUUGGCUUCCGGUUGCAAGUAAGGGUAGCUGUCCGCCUCUCACCCAGGCCUUUCCGUCUGGACUGGCCACGGUGAAGCCAGACCCGUCCCCGCCUGCUGUGCCGCCGUGGCCAGGGCGGCAGGGAGACCGCGACGCAGGGAGUCCACCACCUCGGCCGGGCUCCCCUCGUGGACUCGGACGCGGGAAAGCGUGCGGGGGGGCCAGCGUGGGACGCCAGCACCCCGCGAGCGCUGCCCAAGCCCGCCGCCGCCUCUUCCUCCGCGCCCCUGCCUUCUGCCCUCCCAGACAUGGCCUUUCUGCACCCCCGGCCCGCUGGGCUGACCAAAAUGUGCUUUCUACUGUGAGCCCCCGGGAGGAGGGGAGACCGCGGCGCGAAUGUAAAGAUGCCCCCUCGCCCUCUCCGAGGCAGGCCGGGAGGGGGAAGGAAGGGGUGCGGCUGGCCUGCCUCACUGGCAUCGCUCUGCCCAGAUGGGGGCUCCUCGCCCAUCACGCCGGUGUUGGGGAGCCUGUCCUGCACCGUUCGUCUGGACCAGGACGCGGCUGCCACCCGGCCCCCAGGGAGAGGGGGAACCUGGUUGUGUCUGUCUUUUGUCUUUUUUUCCUUUUUUUUUUUUUUUUUUUUUUUUUUUGCCACAUUGGCAGAUAUGAGACUUAAGGGUCCCGCCCCGUCCUGUAUGUUUUGAGUUCUUUCACUAGCAGUUGAGGCUGGUUGGACAGGUUUGAGUCAAAUUGUACUUUGGUCCAUUGUUAAUUGAGAAACUGUUUCAAUAAAAUAUUCUUUUCUACAGUU